AAGCAGCCCCGGCGGCGCCAUGCUCAGCGCCCAGGAGCGCGCCCAGGUAGCGCAGGUCUGGGACCUGAUCGCGGGCCACGAGGCGGCCUUUGGGGCGGAGCUGCUGCUCAGGCUCUUCACCGUGUACCCCAGCACCAAGACCUACUUCCCGCACCUGGGCCCCUGCGCCGACGAGGCGCAGCUGCUGAGCCACGGGCGGCGCAUGCUGGAGGCGGUGGGCGUGGCCGUGCAGCACCUGGACAACCUGCGCGCCGCGCUGAGGCCGCUGGCCGACCUGCACGCCCAGGUGCUGCGCGUGGACCCCUCCAACUUCCCGCUGCUGAUCCAGUGUUUCCAGGUGGUGCUGGCCUCCCACCUGCAGGACGAGUUCACCGUGGAGAUGCAGGCGGCGUGGGACAAGUUCCUGACGGGCGUGGCUGUGGUGCUGACGGAGAAGUACCGCUGAGCCCGCGCCCCCGCCCACAUCCCCGCGUGUCAAUAAACACGG